AUGCUGAUCCUGGUCCUCGUCCUCAUAGCCGUGAACGGAGACAGAUUCAUCGCGACCGGCAUCACCUUCAAGAACACCGCCCUCCCCCAAAAGAAACAAGCCGUCGCCGUCCGCAACAGCGCCGAUCGCUCCAUCUUCUACAAAUGCCGCUUCAUCUCCUUCCAAGACACUCUCUACGCCCAUUCCCGUCGCCAACUCUACCUCCACUCCACCAUCCGCGGCACCGUCGAUUUCAUCUUCGGCCGCGCCGCCGCCGUCUUCCAGUUCUGCAGAAUCAUCCCCCGCCGCCCUCUCCCCAAUCAGAUCAUCUCCAUCACCGCACAGGGCAAGGAUUGCCCCUCCAUCCGAAGCGGAUUCUCCGUCCAUCUCUCCCAGAUUUCACCGGGUAAGGAUCUCAUCAACCUAACGCAUUCGGUCUAUACUUAUCUCGGCAGGCCGUGGAAGAACUACUCGACCACGGUCUUUAUGCAGUGUUAUAUGGACGGGUUUGUGAGGCCCGAGGGAUGGGUUGAGUGGGGCGAGGAAGAGGCGCCGAAAAGUAUUUAUUAUGGGGAGUUUGAGAAUUUUGGGGCUGGGGCUGGGACUGAGGGGAGAGUGAGAUGGGAAGGGUUUAGGAGGAUGCGGAAGGUGGAUGCUGAGAGGUUUACUGUGGGUGAGUUUAUUGGUGGGGAUGAUUGGAUUUUGAAUGAUUCGGUUCCGUAUAAGUCUGGGUUGGUUGAUUUAGAUGCUAAUGGAAGGGGCUGAGUACUGGGAUGCUGUAUAUGGAUCGUAUAUAAGUAAUUGAACUUUAUUGCAGGGGAAGAUUGCUUAAUGCUGACAAGUUCCAUGUAAGGAAGUAUUAUGAAUUUAUUCUAAGAAAAAUGGGGAGCUUCUGUUAUUAUACCUUCAAAUUGUUCUUAAUCUUUGCAUUGGUUGAGCUGGA